CUGGCGGGCUGAGCUCGCGGGCGUCCGCCGCCCCGGCAGGCGCUGGUGUUGAGCUUUGCAGCUACGGCGGAAGGUGAGAGCCUUUGGCUGGGUAAAGAUAGGCGGGAGGCAGACUCUGGCCCGUCAGCGCUCCGCGAUCAGCCACGCGCCACCCCGGCCUGCCCAGACCCAGCAGGGAAAGGCCACCGCACAUUGGCGAGGCCUGGCGGGGCCCAGAAGUGACGUGAAGGCCCCUGACCUGAGAGUGCCCAGCGGGUUGUGCGUCCUUCUUUCUGCCCGUCUCCACCCCCGGUUUUCACUCAAGCUCUGCUGGUGCUUCACCUGACAACUUCCAGACUCACAGGUGGGGAGGAGCCCAGGUCAGCACUGCCGAUUACCCUCACCCCCAAACACUCCACCGCUGUGGAAGAAGCAUCAGGGCUGGCAUUGCCUUCCCUGCCUUGGGGUGCGUCUGUUCAAACUCUUCCAGCCCCUCAAGCAGAAACCCUGUGGAUUGGGGCCAAACUCCUCUUGCAGUGACUCAAGGCGGCCAGCCCUGCUGAAAGGAUGGGAUGGGAGGUGAAAGGCCCUUAGCCUAUUGCUUUGAAAUGGUUUAUAUUACCCUGGUGCCUGCAUAUUUUUCCCUCCACUUGACUUCUCCUACCCUUUGCUGGUUUUCCUGCCUGGCACCCCCAGCAGUGAAACACAAGGUUGGACCAAGGCCUCCAGGCUUCCUGAGCCACUGGGAUUACAGGUGUGUGCCACUGCACCCAGCUUAUAUCUGCAUCUUGAAACCAGUGUUGAACAGGCUAAUGGUGACAGGACUGGAAGUGGCUGUCCUGAAUCUCUUGGUAUCAGGACAUCUCUGCAAGGUCGCUGAGGUGGACAAACCCAAGGAAAUCAGCAGGUAUCAGCAGAGAGAGCCCUGCCAUCAGGAAAGCAGCACAAGACCAGGACCUACUGAUGGACCCUUUUCAGGACAACCCAACAGCCGUGGUGCUUUCCUAAGCUGCAGGAGACCUGGGCACACCUUCUGGAAGAGCCAUGAUGUUCAGGAGGGGUAGGGGCAGCUCUCAGCAGUGGCCUGGCCUGAGAGGGGAGUGUGGUUGCACAGGCCACCUAGGCAUGCUCAGAGCUGCCCUGCUGCUCAUCAGCCUACCAUGGGGGGCCCAAGGGAUGGCCAGUACCAACCUCAGCACUGCUCUGGGCCACACUGUGCCAUUGACAGAGGGUCGUUACUUGAGCAUUGGAGAUGGCUCUGUGAUGGAGUUUGAGUUUCCUGAGGAGAGUGAGGGCAUCAUUGUGAUCUCAAGCCAAUACCCAGGCCAGGCAAAUGGAACAGGGCCUGGCCCCACACUGAAGGUCACAUCCCUGGACACAGAGGUGCUGACCAUCAAGAAUGUGAGUGCCAUAACCUGGGGUGGUGGGGGUGGCUUUGUUGUAAGCAUCCACUCAGGUCUGGCUGGACUGGCUCCACUCCAUAUCCAGCUCGUGGAAUCUCAUGAGGCCUCACCCAUGCUGAUUGAGGAGCGGAGAGAUUUCUGCAUCAAGGUGUCACCUACUGAAGACACCCCUGCUACCCUCAGCACCAGCCUGGUCCACUUCUCGGAGAACCCAAUACUCUACAUGCUCUUGCCUCUUAUCUUUGUCAACAAGUGUUCAUUUGGUUGUAAAGUGGAACUUGAGGUUCUGAAGGGGCUCCUGCAGAGCCCCCAGCCCAUGCUUCUGGGCCUCUUGGGCCAGUUUCUGGUCAUGCCCUUGUAUGCUUUCCUGAUGGCCAAAGUCUUCAUGCUGCCCAAGGCCCUGGCUUUGGGCCUCAUCAUUACCUGCUCAUCACCUGGAGGUGGGGGGAGCUACCUCUUUAGCCUCCUUCUUGGAGGGGACGUCACCCUGGCCAUCUCCAUGACUUUCAUCUCAACUGUAGCUGCCACUGGUUUCCUGCCACUGUCCUCAGCCCUCUACAGCUAUCUUCUCAGCAUUCAUGAAACUCUCCAUGUGCCCAUCUCCAAGAUCCUGGGGACCCUGCUAUUCAUUGCUAUCCCUAUUGCAGCAGGAGUGGUGAUCAAGUCCAAGCUCCCCAAGUUCUCUCAGCUGCUGCUUCAGGUCAUCAAGCCCUUCAGCUUUGUGCUCAUCCUGGGUGGCCUCUUCCUGGCUUACCGCAUGGGGGUAUUCAUCCUGGCAGGAGUCAGGCUACCCAUUGUACUGGUGGGCCUCACUGUGCCCCUGGUUGGCCUCUUGGUGGGCUACUGCCUGGCCACGUGCCUAAAGCUGCCAGUGGCCCAGCGGCGGACCGUCAGCAUUGAGGUAGGGGUGCAAAACAGCCUACUGGCUUUGGCCAUGCUACAGCUGUCCCUUCGCCGCCUUCAAGCAGACUAUGCCUCCCAGGCCCCCUUCAUUGUGGCCCUGAGUGGUACCUCGGAGAUGUUGGCCUUGGUCAUUGGCCACUUUAUCUAUAGCAACCUGUUCCCAGUUCCAUGAGGCACCUGGGUCAAGCUUUUAUCACCCAACCACCACACUCCAUCCCCUGUCCCCACAGUUCUUGUGUACCAAAGGCCUUUAGUUCUCAUGCACUAUGCACUCAGACAAAUCCAAGCUUAUUUUUUUUACUGGUUUUUUAUUCUCCAGCUUUCAGUGCCAAAGAGGCCAUGCUGAGUUAGGUAGGUGGGCAGUGCCCAGAAAAUAUAUUUCAAUAAAAGAGAGAAGCAA